AUGAUGCCUCUCGUGCGACCGGCCCUCUCCGGCUCUUUGAGCGCGCGCGCCCGCCUGGCGACAUGCCCUCCUCGCGCCUCGCCCAUUGCGGCCCUUUCGACCUCAUCUGUGAAAUCCGCCACUGCCAUUGAGCAGCAAUCGACAUCAGGCAAGGGCCUGACUGCCUCUGGCAAGGUCCGCCAGGAGGUUCCUCUCCUCACCCAGGAGCCCAAGAAGGGUGCUAUGCAAUAUGUCUUGUACGCUGCCUCGGCAACCUCCACACACAACCGUCUCGCCACGACUUACCAACUGGGCCCGUCAAUCCUCCCUGUGGCCCAUGACCUUCGGUCUCGCCUGCUGCGCCGUCGAGAUGAUGCACCUUUCCACCCCCGCUACGAUCAAGAUCGCUUGGGUAUCAUUUUCCGUGCCUCCCCCCGUCAAUCCGAUGUCAUGAUUGUCGCCGGUACCUUGACAAACAAGAUGGCCCCUGCCCUGCGUCAAGUCUACGAUCAGAUGCCCGACCCCCGAUGGGUCGUCUCUAUGGGCAGCUGUGCCAACGGUGGUGGUUACUACCACUACAGUUACUCCGUUGUUCGCGGUUGCGAUCGUAUUGUGCCUGUUGAUGCCCCCCCUACCUCCGAGGCUCUGAUGUACGGUAUCUUCCAGCUGCAGAAGAAGAUGCGCCACACUCGCAUCACCCGCAUGUGGUACCGCCGUUAA